UUUCAUUUUUCUCCGCCCGUCAAACCCCUGGUGCUCUCUCUCGAUAGCGGCAGAACCAGCCGCUUUAAUCUCCUUAAUAUUCCGUCAAGACUUCCCUCCACCACGUCAAGAUCUUCUUCUCAACUCUUCUCCACCUUUUUCAUUUCCUUAUUUUUUUAUCUAUAAUCGUACCUUCACUCUCCUUCCUCAACUUUCCGAUUUUGCUUUGAGUAAAUACCCAAUCUGAGCAUAGUGGAAAAGGAGGAUCACUUUUAGAUUGCAGAGUUCAUAGAAGCAAAAGGGAGAUGGAGAGAAAAGGGAACUCCAAAUUGAAUAUCGCAAUCAUACACCCAGAUCUUGGUAUAGGUGGAGCGGAAAGAUUGAUUGUAGAUGCGGCUGUUGAACUUGCCUCCCAUGGCCACAAUGUUCGUAUUUUUACUGCUCACCAUGAUAAAAACCGAUGCUUUGAGGAAACUGUUUCUGGUAGCUUUCCAGUUACUGUAUACGGAUCUUUUCUACCUCGGCAUAUAUUCUACCGUUUACAUGCUGUUUGUGCAUAUUUGCGGUGUAUUUUCGUUGCUCUUUGUGUGCUGUUCCUGUGGCGAUCAUUUGAUGUUAUACUGGCAGAUCAGGUUUCUGUUGUCAUCCCACUGUUGAAAGUUAAAAAAUCAACGAAGGUGGUAUUUUAUUGUCAUUUUCCGGAUCUGUUACUAGCUCAGCACACAACUGUUCUUCGGAGGUUAUACAGAAAACCCAUUGAUUUUGUAGAAGAAAUUACAACCGGAAAGGCAGAUUUGAUACUUGUUAAUAGUAAAUUUACUGCAUAUACUUUUGCAAAUACAUUCAAGCAUCUCCAUUCGCGAGGAAUUCGGCCUGCUGUUCUCUACCCAGCUGUCAAUGUGGACCAAUUUGAUGAAUUUCAUUCUUACAAGUUGAAUUUUCUAUCCAUCAACCGCUUUGAAAGGAAAAAGAAUAUAGAGCUAGCAAUUUCAGCAUUUGCUAUGCUUCACACUCUCGAUAAACAUGCCUUUCAAAAUCAUAAUCUAUCUGAUGCCACUUUGACUAUUGCAGGUGGAUAUGACAAACGCUUGAGAGAAAAUGUUGAGUACUUGGAGGAACUUGAAAGCUUAGCUGAAAGGGAAGGUGUGUCUCAUCGAGUUAAGUUCAUAACAUCUUGCUCAACAGCUGAAAGAAAUGCCCUUCUUUCCCAAUGUUUAUGUGUCAUUUAUACACCAAAGGAUGAACACUUUGGCAUUGUUCCGCUAGAGGCAAUGGCUGCUCAUAAACCUGUCAUUGCAUGCAACAGUGGAGGUCCUGUGGAAACUGUGAAGGAUGAAGUGACAGGCUUUCUUUGUGAUUCCACUCCUAAAUCUUUCUCUCUGGCGAUGGGUAAACUCUUGCAGGAUCCUGAAAUGGCUAAGAAAAUGGGUGAACAGGCACGUCAACAUGUCACUGAAUCAUUUUCUACAAAGAUUUUUGGUCAGCAUUUAAAUCAGUAUCUCAUCAACAUUAGUAGCAGCAAGGAGGACUAACAAUCAUAAUAGCAGAUGAUCACAAAACCAUCCUUCGCUACUUCAUACGAGUUACUUUGGAGAAAAAGCAUCUGUUGAUAUCAUGAUAACUUCAGGUUGUGUACUUUUGAGCUGUUAAGUCAUUUUAUUUACAUAUAUAAUGCAGUAGUCACUGGAGUCGAAACAUAGAAAUCUAUCACUGGAAGCAAAACAUUUACAUGGUUCUAUUAGGAAAAUGAACUAAUGGAGAGAUUCUAAGUAUUUUUCAUUUUUGAUCCUUGAGAGAUCCAAAUAUUCGAAUCAGAAGAUUGCAUAUAAAAUCUCAUUAUGCUUGGAGUCUUGUUUCUUUCUACUCAUUGGCAGCAGCUAGCAGGAAGUCAAAGCUGCUGAAGCAACGGCAGAGUCACAACUAAGUAAUAUGGUACUGCUAGCCAAAAAUUGUAACAAGAGGCUGUAAGGGUUUGUUUAUUUAUUAUUUAUUAUCUCUUCUUUUAA